CCCGGAGCCGCCGGCGGGGCCGGGGCCGGGGCGGGCCCUGAGGGGAGACGGCCCCGAACCGGCCGGGUGAGGUCGGGGCGACGCGGCUGUGGGAGUCUGACCUCUGACUGAGGUUCCCUGGGUGGGUUAUUUGCCCCCGGAGGUUUGUGGGUGUUUAAGAAGGCUAAAGCUUCACUAGAACUGAGACUAGAAUGGACAGUUACUUUAAAGCUGCAGUCUGUGACUUGGACAAACUGCUUGAUGAAUUUGAGCAGAAUACAGAUGAAUAUGAGUGCUUCAGUGCACCUCAAAAUCCAUACGACUCAAAGCUGUCUUCAGUCCUGGAUUGCUUAGAGCAUGCACACCCCACAGCAGAGCUGCCAGAGGAUCCUGCUGGAUGUCCUGCCCCAGAGGAGAGCUCUCCCUGCGUCCCUGCAGGCACAAGGGAUGUGCUCAGCUUCUCACCACCCAAAGAGAGGGGUGUGGCUGGACCUGACCUCCUGUCCACUGUGGACAGCAGUUCCCUAAAUGAAGCUGAGGCUCUGAGCCUGGGAAGGUGUAGUAGCGUGCUUGUGUGUGAUCUUGUCAGUGACACAGCAGAUUUAAUCCCCUCAGUGGCUGCUCCAGAAGGGGCUCAGGAUGAGUUCCAGGGCAGCCAGGGGCCCGCUGGCUGUGGCGUGUCUUGUGUCCCCACUCCUGUUUGUGUGACUUCACCUGGCUGCAGCAGGGCUGCCAGCACACAGCAGAGGGAUGGGGACUCGGUGUUACAAGGUUCAGGGCAUCUUACAACAGAACAAAUUAAUAAUUCAGCUUUAAAACCUGAAAGUUACGCUGCAGGAACAGUCCUGGGUCUAUGUGAUGAUCAACACAGGACAGAACCUGUAAAGUGCAAUGAAGUACUCAACCACCCCGGACAAACUGCUGCCCUGGAUCCUGAAUGUGUCACUGUAACAUCACAGAGUUGGAAUGCACACGGUCCCAAAGAUGAAAAACUGCCUUUUGAAACACAAGACGACAGUGCGUGCUCUGCAGCAAGCAAAGAAGCGUGUGGAGGAAAUGCCAUAGGAAAAGUAGACCCAAACAAUGGGAGUAAUGCGGAUUCCAUGCCUUCAGAUCUGCCAAAGAGGCACCCCCUGCACAACAGCAAUGCAACAGAACCUGGAAAUUGUGUCUUACCAGGCUCCUCGUGUCAGAUAGGAGCUGAAGUAGAAUUGGAAAAGAAAGCCACAGAAGAGAAUAUAGAUAGUGAAGAACUUAAUAGCAGUGAGAUACCAAGCAGUGUUUCCAGUUCGUGUAUGUCAGCUGAGGAUGUCCAGACAUCUCAGUCUUGUCUUUCCCUUCCUGUGUCCAUGUGUGGUUCCUUAGUUGUAUCAGAAGAAAAGGUUAAUCCUCUACCUCAAAAUGCAGUGGCAGAGGUUAUUAGUGAUACUGUAACUGUUCAUGCUGGAGAGUCUAAAACUCAUCUCCCUGGCAGGGAAUCCUGUGAAAGUACAACCUGGCAUGAGCAAGAAGAUGUAGCUGAAAUCAGUGAAAGUAUUGCAGAAGAAAGUGGAGGUGGAGAAAAAUACAGUACUGAGAAUGUAAUUGAUGAUAGUGAUUCUCAGCAAAUCAAAGCUUUUGCUUCUGCUUUUCUGGACCUUGGAGCUGAGCCAUAUGAUGUUGGUGUAGACACUUUUUAUGAUGAGAGCGUGAGCUCUGUUCUGGCUGACUUUACUGUUGAGGAGAAUGUUAUUAAAGGUGAUAUUCUGAUAAGCGACGCUGAGCUUGAUGAUUUCUUGUAUGGACAAAGUCUGCAGUCCAGUAUGUUGAAGUCUUCAGACAACGAUGGUAACUUGGUGGAAGCUGAUGCAGAUGGAGGGAGUUUAACAGAUCUGAACAACCUGGAUUUCACAGAGGUCAGUGAAGAGCUUAUGCAAGCAAAAUUGGAGGAGAUAACAAGCAUUAAUAGUAACCUUAAAGCGUCUAUUCCUGACAAUGAAGUGGAAGCUGCAGCAGAGGUCACCAUGUCUCCAAGUCAAGGCAUGACUGAGAGUGGCAGUGGAGCUCUGGCUUCUGAUGUUUGUAUUAAAGGUGCAAGACCAAAGCAAUUGCUUGACCUUUCCCAAGGAGCUACUGGUCAGAAACAACUGAAUAGAACAAAUGUACUUGAAAGAGAAAACCAGGAAUGUGGUUCUGUUAGCCCAGAGGCUCCCCUCUCAGACACCAGUGUAAAUGUUGGUAAUACUGAGCCUGGGGAAAGCAGCUCUGGGGCUGGAGGAAAUCAAACAUCUGAAAGUGCUGAGCCACGUAAAGCACCUGCAGCUCUGUCCUGGAAGCAGCCCCUGUGGGUCCCGGACUCAGAGGCACCCAACUGCAUGAACUGCCAGGCCAAGUUCACCUUCACAAAGAGGCGACACCACUGCCGAGCCUGUGGGAAGGUUUUUUGUGGUAGCUGUUGCAAACGAAAAUGCAAACUGCAAUACAUGGAGAAGGAAGCAAGAGUCUGCACUGGCUGUUAUGAUGAUAUUAAUAAAGCACAGGCAUUUGAAAGGAUGAUGAGUCCAACUGGUCCUGUCCCCAAUUCCAGUGUCUCCUCUGAGCAUUCUUCUGCUGCUGUGCCUGUAGAGGGGGCUCAGAUACCCGGGGGUGCCAGCUCUCCUUCACCAUCUGCACUGUUGCCUACCUCAGCACUUAAACAACCUGGUCCUGAAGGGCUGUGCCCCAGAGAGCAGAAGAGGGUUUGGUUUGCAGAUGGUAUUCUGCCAAACGGGGAGGUGGCAGACACAGCAAAGCUGUCCUCAGGAGCAAAGAGGUCACAGGAAUCCAGCCCAGAGAACGCAGACCUGCCCGAGACACCUGCGGCUGCAAACCCAGAGGAAGAUGACCUGGUAACUGAUGUAAAUCAAAAACUGAAGGAAGAAACAGAUAAGAUGACAAGAAUGGAGGGAUUACAUCCUUCUGUUCCUUCAGAUGGUGCACAGCAGGCCACGCCAGGCCAGAGUGAGGUGGCACCUGGUGACAGAUCUGUCACUCCGGGCACUGAGGAGUGUUCCCCUGCAGCAGCAGCAGCAGCAGAGAAGAGCAGUCCCAGUUCAGAGGGUCGGAGCACACGGGCUGUGCCUGUCUCUGCUUCAAGCUACAGAGCACUGUGUGGGGUAGAGAGCUGGGUGCGACGAGACAUCAGCCUUCUUCCUGAUGGUGAUCAGCUGCCUCCGCUUCUGCUGGCACUGGGGGAAAAAGGGAAAGAUCUUGUGGUGGAGGAACAUCCAUUUCACCAAAAGGUCACCUUGCUGCUUGGGGAAGGACGUCCUAAUCCAUUGACUUUUAUUCUAAAUGCAAACUUGCUUGUCAAUGUGAAGCUAAUAACGUAUUCCUCAGAAAAGUGCUGGUGCUUCUCAACAAAUGGACUGCAUGGUUUGGGUCAGGCAGAAAUUGUCAUUCUGUUGCAGCGUUUGCCAGAUGAAGAUGUUUUCCCUAGUGAAUUAUUCAAAUUAUUUCUUGACAUCUAUAAAGAUGCAAUGAAAGGAAGGUUCAUAAAAAACAUGGAAAGCAUUACUUUUACAGAAAGCUUUCUCAGCAACAAAGAGCACGGCGGAUUCCUGUUUGUUUCACCAGCUUUUCAGGAACUUGAUGAUCAGAUUCUACCAGAUAACCCUUUUCUUUGUGGCAUUCUUAUCCAUAAGCUGGAAAUACCCUGGGCAAAAGUGUUUCCAGUACGUUUGAUGCUGAGAUUGGGAGCAGAAUAUGGGGGUGGGAAUUGUCCAACACAUAAACAUGAACCUGUCACCUGUUCAUGGACUGCUGGAGCCCACAGUGGACCUCUACCAGCCAGAUCCUGUCUGUGUGGUAACAGAGCCUAUCCAGCUCCCAUGGUAAGUGUCAGGCACCGGGAGCCGCUCUUUGGAGACAUGGGACGCACACUGGACAUUAUGAACCUGCCUGUUGACUUUAGAAAUUACCAAUAUAGUUUGCAUACCAUAGACAACCUGUUUGUCCAUAUGGAAAUGGGUAGAAGCUGUAUUAAAAUACCUCUGAGGAAGCACCACGAGGUGAUGAGGGUGAUCAGUUCCUCUAACGAACAUGUAAUUAGCAUUGGAGCCAGUUUCAGCACCGAGGCAGACUCUCACCUGGUGUGUGUGCAGAACAAGCAGGGCCUCUGUCACACACAGGUCAUCAGUGCCACGGGACAGCCCAGGAAAGUUACAGGUGCAAGUUUUGUGGUGUUUAAUGGAGCCUUAAAAACAUCUUCAGGAUUUUUAGCUAAAUCCAGUAUAGUUGAAGAUGGGCUAAUGGUACAAAUAACACGAGAAGCUAUGGAAGGCCUUCGUCAGGCAUUAAGAGACAAGAAGGACUUCAGGAUAACCUGUGGACAAGUGGACACAGAGGACAUGAAGGAAUAUGUGGAUAUUUGCUGGGUAGAAAAUGAAGAGAAAACAAACAAAGGAAUUUUGAGCCCCGUUGAUGGAGAAUCAAUGGAAGGAACUCAGAGGGAAAAAGCACCACAAUACAGAGACUUCGAAAGAGAGGGAAAAGUUAUGAAGUGCACUGAAGUUUACUAUUUUGCAAAGGAUCAUGAACUCUCCAGUGCUGUUCCCCACCGGUUUGCAAGAGAGAUUGCCAUUGCCUGCAGCACUGCUCUUUGCCCUCACCUUAAAACCUUGAAAAAUAACGGGAUGAAUAAGAUAGGACUCAGAGUUUCCAUCGACUCAGACAUGGUUGAAUACUUAGCAGGAUCUGGAGGACACCUUCUCCCACAGAACUACCUGAAGGACUUGGACAAUGCUCUGAUUCCUGUGAUUCACAGUGGAAUGUCAGAUCCUACAGCUCUGCCACUGAAAAUGGAAUUAGUGUUUUUCAUUGUAGAACACCUCUCUUGAUGAGGCUGAUUACAUGCUUAUACUGAUUUGCUAGAUCUGAACACCAAAGUUGUAAUGCUACAAACACUAAAAAUGUUAAAGUUUCUAAACCUUUUAUGUUUUAAUAGCUUUUCAAACUGUUUAUUUUUAAACCCCUCAGAUGCUCUCUGCUUCCUCUGCCACAAAAGAGUCAGUUUGUGUCAUGGAGUUCUGAAAGCUGACACUUAAUACAGGUGCAGAAGAGUGCAGGUUUUGUUACUGUCACACAGCUGCAGCACUUGGUAGGUGUAGUGUGACUCCAAGUCAUAGGAUCUUGCCUCUCACCCUCACACCAGUGUGCAGCUAAAGCUGCUGGGGCUCCGUGUGAUCUCUGCAAGAGCUGAGCACUGGAGCAGGGCUGGCCCAAAGCUGUUUCCUUUCCAUGGGAAAGGGGUUCAGAGCCCAGAGGUGCUGAAGCUGCCUGGAGCCCCUGUGUGCCAGGGCAGCUGUGGCAGCACAGGGGAACGCUGUGGCUGUGUGGAUAAACACCUCUCUGAGGUCCUUAACCUGGGGAUGUGAUGCUGGUGCUUCAUAUGCUCUCAAUUAAUGUUUUAUAGAGUAACUGGUUUCUUUCUUGUAUUUAUAAGGAUUUAUCUAACUUAAAUGGAUGCUAUUUUUAUAAAAAGUGCUUUUUUCUUUACUCUGUUCAGAAUUCCAUACACAAUUUGACCUUUCAAGGAUUAGGAAAAAACAGAUUACUCUUGAUGUAAUCUACAUGUAGCAAUAAGUCAGACAACGAUUCUGCAGUAUUUUUUCUGCUCCUGUCUACUGCUUUUGCCACAUUUUAGUAGCCACCUUUGCUUUCAGGGAGAACAGAUGUAUUAAGUCUGAAUUUUCACAAACAGGUUGAUUCUAGUGGAAGGUGUCCCUGCCCGUGGCAGGUGGGGUUGGGACUCUUUAAGGUCCCUUCCAACCCAAACCGUUCUGGGAUUUUUAGUAUACCUGAGGUUCUUGCAUAGGAUGUAUUUUUUAUACCGGGUCAUGUAGAUCUAUUUAUGUAUUUGUGAUGCAUGUGGUUUGUACUGAGGUUCAUCAAACUGCCGUUGGGGUUUGGUAGCAGCCACACAACUGCUUGUCGAGAACAGAACCAAAACUAAAUAGAUAAAAGAUCUAUAUUGUUUUCAGUAAAAAUGCUGGUACAAUUUUGUAAUGAGAGUAUUAAAACUUGGAUGCCUUCUUGAUGCUAAUAGGGGAUAUUUUAUGUUUUUGUAUCAAAAACAAUUUGUAAUUUAACCUAAUCUGCUCUGCUGUUACCUGUGCUUUAACACUCCAGUCCUAGAAGGGUUCAGGCCUCGAGAUCUUACCCUGGAUGGAGCUGAGCUGCAUUUCAGCUGACUUCUCCUGAGAAGCUGCUGUUAGGGAGAAGGGCUGAACCCACACAGAGUACAAACAAAAUUGUCCUUGUUGAAAACAAGCUGCAUCCAGGCCCUCGAGGGAGCCCCAGCAAGAGGCUCAGCAGUGUUUUGGGUCUGUGACAGGGCAGGGAACCUGAAGGAACAGCUGCCUCUUGGCACUUAACCUCUACUAACUCCUUUUCAGUAAUGAUCAAUAAAGUUAAAUACAGUGCUUGCAA